GCCGGGUGAUGACGUCAUUGCCGGCGCCUGUCAGGAACGGGCAUGGCUGCGGAGAAAGCUUCUAGGCUGUUGUCACUGAACGGUCUGUUCCCGGUGUACAAACCCCCGGGAGUGACGUCAGCCCAGGCCCUCAAUGACCUGAAGAGCCGCCUGCUGAGAGAAGCGGGGUUGAAAGAAUUUAAGAAGAGGAAGAAGCAGACGCUGAAAAUCGGCCAUGGAGGGACCCUGGACAGCUCGGCGUCCGGACUGCUGGUGGUCGGUAUCGGGGACGGCACCAAGAUGUUGGGAGCGAUGCUGACCGGGAGUAAGAAGUACACCACCACUGGGCAGCUGGGAAGAGCCACGGACACCCUGGACGCAUCUGGGACCGUGACGCAAGAGAAGCCGUAUGAUCACAUCACUAGAGAAGACAUGGAAAAUGCGCUCAAAACCUUUACCGGGAACAUCCUGCAGGUUCCCCCGCUCUUCUCAGCCUUGAAGAAGAACGGGAAGAGGCUGUCGUGUCUGGUCAGAGAGGGGGCGGAGGUGGAAGCUAAGCCGGCGCGGCCGGUGGUCGUCCACAAGCUGUCGCUGACCGAUUUCCAGCCUCCUCUAUUUACCCUUGACGUGGAGUGUGGAGGCGGCUUUUAUGUCCGGAGUCUGAUCAGAGACAUCGGAGAAGCUUUAUCCAGCUGCGCCAGUGUGAACGAUCUGAUCCGCACCAAGCAGGGGCCGUUCGUACUGGAUGAGAGCACCCUGAGGGCGGAGCGCUGGGACAUCGAACAUGUCGCCCAGGCUCUGCAGACGCACGCCCUGCCGGCUGAGCAAGAGUCCAAGCGACUGAAGACCCAGGAGGACGGUGCGGCCCCUGACCAGUCCUGAGGUCAUCACAUGAGAAUAAUGCGUCCUGAGCGUCGCCUCCAUAUUCCUCUCCGACGCACAGAUAUACGGUAUACAGUGCUGGGCGGUAUGACCAAAAAUGCAAAUCACUAGUCCGCUUCUCUAAACAACACCCCCCCCCCCCCCCCUCAUUCAUUUAAAGGCUGCGCCGCUUUAAAUGAUUAAGUUGCGGGCUGCCGGCGCUUUAAAUGAUUAAGUUGCGCUCUGUGGCGCAUUAAAUGAACGAGUUUCCGGCCGCCGGCGCUUUAAAUGAUUACGUUACGGGCCGCCGGUGCAUUAAAUGAUUAGGUUGUGGGCUGCGGAGCUUUAAAUGUGCGAGUUGUGGGCCUGCCGCCGCUUUAAAUGUGUGAGUUGUGGGCCGCCGGCGCUUUAAAUGAACGAGUUGCGGGCCACCGGUGCCUUAAAUGGUUACGUUGCGGGCCGCUGGCACUUUAAAUGAACGAGUUGUGGCUUUUAGCACUUGCAGGGGGAGGUGACAACUUCCAGCUUGCAACUUAAUCGUUUCCCGCGCCUCAUUCAUUUAAAGCAUUGGCGGCCCGCAACUCAUUCAUUUAAAGCAUCGGCGGCCCACAACUCAUUCAUUUAAAGCAUCGGCGGCCCACAACUCAUUCAUUUAAAGCAUCGGCGGCCC